AUUGACAUAUCCUCAUUCAUAAACCACAAGGUGCUUUUAGGCUAACGAUUAACAACAGGUUUUACUUGCUGGUCACGAUUUUGGCUUCGAUAAUAUUAUACUGCUUUACUUGUUGAAGAAGAUAAUUCAUUUGUUUAGGAUAAAAGAUAUAUUAAAAAGACAGGAUAAAAAAAUUUAACAAGACAAAACACGUUAAACUCAAUUUGUGAAUAUUUAGUAGAAUAUUGUCUUUAUUAAUCAGAGAGACCAAGUGGAAUUUUGAAUAAUAAAAAAACAAAGUAAGGAAUUUUUGAGAGCAGCGACUUUUUAAAGGUCAAUUACUUUUAUCAAAAAAGGAUACGACGUUGUUCGAAAUUUUAAUAUGAACGGCAAAUUUGCCGUCUUAAGAUGACGGAUAAACCAACCUUACCAAGACCCCCAACAGUUAAUGUCCUACCGGCCGAGGAUGAGAGAGAUGAAGGUGCCUGCGACCUGGAGGACAAUAAUACGCUCAAAGAAAGAGCCGAAUCAUCCGCGUCGAUUGCUGGCACAAAUGUAAACGAAGACUUGGAUAAAGAGAGCUCAGUGUUCCGUCGUUUUGGUACUCAAUCCCGAAUAAAUCUUGAACAGAAAGUACUUGAAUGGGAAGAGGAAGAAAAGGAACGAAAAAAUCAACAUGAAGAAGGCCGUCUUGUUGAUGGUGAAUUGAAAUUCGGUAAUGACGAAGGGAGUAAGGAUCCCCCUCCAGAAAGAGAUUUAGCGCUAUUCGAAGGAAACCCACUACCUGAUCAGUAUGGAAACUUAUUUCCAGAGGAUGGUUAUGGAGUACCAAUGGAAGAGAUUGACCCUUAUCUCCAUUAUAAGGCAAGCCUUUUAAUAAUUUAUAUCUAUCCCUAUAGAUCUAUGGCGUUAAAAUUUCAUUUUUCGCUAACAAAGCCCCUUAUUUAGGUGUAAAGCACUUACUGCUGAUGGUUCAGUUCAACUGAGCAACAUUGGAUUAUACCUAUUAAUUUAUGACAUUCUAUACGACUGUUAUUUUAAAAUUAACGUCUGUAUUUAGUUUAAAAUUUUUUUGCAGUCUGUCGUAAAGCAUACCAAUACUGCAAUAUGAUGCUGUUUAUACAUGCGCGUGUCAAUAAUUACCUAGGUGCCGCAAUUGCGUUCAAUCACAUUAUUUUAUUAAUCUUUUGUAACAGGGGAUUAACCGGCUUGUAUAAUUUUAUGGCAACCGGUAUAAAGCUAAUGAGAAUAGAAAUCUUGGCCUCAAUAUACGGCCAGGAAAGAGAGUCUUGUAAUUUUACAAAUAUUUACGUCACUAGUGUUAUUCUUUUACUCAUUUAUUUUUUGUGAAUUUCCUUUCAUUUUCUCUCACAGAAUCUUGUCAAUCUUCUCCAAGUUCCUAUUUUCUAUAAUUUAUAUCUUUAUUCCGUAUAUCAUAGUCUUUGUUUUUAGGUAUGAAGCCACACCCACUUUUUUUAAUACUAAGUGCCAAAUAGCUACCCUUAUUCCUUUCGUUAAUCUUCUAUAAGAAUAGACUUUAACAGAUUAAAGAACUCUGCAAGUUUUCUUUAAAACAGAGUAGAAUACAGUUCCUUUAAUAAUGAUGAUUAUCCUCUAAUCUAUGCUUCAGGGAUAUACCUUUGGGAAUAGAUUUAACAUUCCUAAAGAUCUCGUUCCUUAAGGUCCAGCCUAUUUGUCAGAUAAAAAAUAAAAGACAUGAAACAGUUUACAAAACAUAUGCGUUUCAUAACUUCCUUUUGAAAAUUGAGAACGAUUAUUUACGAAACAUAUUGAAACUCUCUACUUGCUUUAUAAAAUCUUAUUAGACAUAUUUUCCUUUAUAUUCACAAAUAUUAAAAUAUGAAUAAAACUCAAAUAAACAAUGAGAAAUUGAAGAAAUGAUAA